ACUUGGAAUGUCAAGAUGCAACGUUCUAGCACGGAAUCAAUUAGGUCCAAUACAUGGGAGUACGAUGAGAUUUUGGAAAAGAUAGGUUAUGGUAAAACACAAUGGCUGCUGCUGCUCAUUAGCGGGCUGUUGACACUUACAUCUGUGGGUGUACAAACAGCCAUGAGUAUUAUUGUAAUCGCCUCCCAGUGCGAGUUUGAAACAACGCAAGCUGAGAAAGGUAUUAUGAUGGCAUCGAGUAUAGCAGGUUUAUUUCUCUCCACCUAUAUCUUGGGAUACGUAAGUGAUGCGCUGGGGCGACGUAAGGUAUUACUUUAUGGUAAUUUUAUAUGCGUUGCCCUUCAAUUUAUUCAAAUGUUCGUAACAAGCGUUUGGGUAUUCAAUAUUAUAAAUCUAUUAUCUGGCUUGAGUCUGGGCGGUGUCUCAGCAGCACUUUAUGCAUAUCUAGCCGAAUUCAACAUACCUCGCCAUAGAGCAGUUGCCAUUAAUUAUUCCACCAUGUUUGUUAGUGUGAGUGCUAUCUAUGUACCAGCAACUGCUUGGUUGGUGCUAUCCUCCGGCUGGGAUUUCGGUUUUCAUCCCUGGCGCUUGAUUAUGCUAAUGAAUCUAUUGCCCGGUCUAAUUGGUGGACUGCUCUUGUUAAUGUAUCCAGAAAGCCCCAAACUGUUGCUAUCCCAAAAUAAGGAAAACGAAGCAGUUGAGGCCGUCGAGUGGAUAAGUAAAUUUAAUCGUGGCCAGCGUGUUAAUCAAAUGCUCAAGUGUAAUGAAUAUUCCCUUAAACCGGAGCCACAAUCCGAAGAGAAUCUAUUCACGAACAACAAAGGCUGUGAUAUUUUGACAAAUAUUGCUCGUGCCACAGUGCCACUGUUCAAAAAGCCACAUGGAAUACACUUUAUUCUAUGCACUGUUGCGGUUCUGGGCAUGUUCUUUAGCUCAAACGGCAUGCAAUUUUGGUUUCCUGAAAUUGUUAACCGUUCGUCUAUCGCUGGCAAUAGCAGCAGCUCAACAGUAUGUGAAAUUUUGGAUAAUUCUUUUAAAAACUCAAGCAACACUAAUGCUACCAACGAUAAUGAGCUCUGCUCUAGUGUCAUAACAGAAAAGACCUAUAUUGAUAAUAUGAUUGUGGGCGUGGCAUUUCUCAUAGGAUUCGCUAUUCAAGGCGCUAUACUAAAUCCACUUGGUCGUAAAAAUGUUUUGCUGGGCGCUCUUAUACUAUCAACUUUAAGCGGCAUCCUGUUGCACUUUAUUACCAACACUACUAUAGUGCUGAUACUAUUUUGUCUAUAUAUACUGCUACCUGGACUCUCGAUUUCCAUUAUGAUUGGCGCAGUUGUGGAUCUUGUGCCAACGCAUUUAAGAGGAAAAGCUGUCAGCUUAUGCAUGUCCUUGGGACGUCUGGGUAUUAUUGCAGGCACAAAUAUUAUUGCCGUUAUGCUGCAGCCCUAUUGCAACUCAACCUUUGCAUUGUUAACCAUUAUACUGUUUGUUUGCGUUCUUAUAGUUUUCCGUCUGCCAAUCAGGAAUUCAAUAUGAAACAUUCUAUAUUCAUUCAUUUCAAUUAUUUACUUACUUUUAUAACGUUGUUAAUGUAUAACAAACCAACAUGAUAUUAGGUAACUAAUAAUAAAUGUUUAUUGUGGUAAAACUAGAUGUGAACAAAUGAUUAAAAAAUGAAAUAAAAAAUCAACACCUGAA